UAUGUACGAAACAACCUGCUCUCUAGUCUCUACUAUAAAUUCACAAACACAUGUCCCGGAUAUUUAAACACCUUCAAAUCUUCAAUAGAUUAUAGAACAGACAUGGCCACUACCAACUUUCUCCCUUUAUGUGACAAAACUACUCGGAAAAACACUGCACAAAGAGCCAUUGAUAUCAUAAUCCUCUUCCUUCUCCUUUCUCUCCUUGUUUAUCGUAUCCUCUUGCUCAAAGACCAUGGCCUCACUUGGCUCCUUGCCUUCCUAUGCGAAUCAUGGUUCACCUUCACCUGGGUUCUAGUCAUGAGCAUCAAAUGGAAUCGUGUUGAAUACAAAACAUACCCGGACAACCUCUUGCCAAGGGUAACGGAGCUUCCCUCAGUGGACAUGUUUGUAACAACUGCGGAUUCUGUGCUUGAACCUCCUAUCAUCACCAUAAACACCGUGCUCUCUUUGUUGGCAGUUGAUUACCCAGCUCACAAGCUAGCCUGCUAUGUAUCCGAUGAUGGCUGUUCUCCCUUGACCUACUACUCUCUUUCUGAAGCCUCAAAGUUUGCCAGGCACUGGGUUCCAUUCUGUAAGAAGUACAAUAUUCAAGUUAGAGCUCCAUUUAGAUAUUUUGCCGAUAAAUCCCUAACAUUUAGUGACAGCUCUUGGGAGUUCCAACAAGAAUGGAAAAGGAUGAAGGUUGAGUAUGAGCAGCUUUGCCAUAAAGUUGAGGAUGCCUCCCAAAAGUUCAUGCCAAGUGAUUUUAGAGGGGAGUUUGCAGAAUUCUUAAAUGUAGAUCGCAAAAACCAUCCAGCUAUUAUCAAGGUUAUGUGUGAGAACAAGGAAGGUCUUGCAGAUGGAUUACCGCAUUUGGUGUAUGUGUCUAGGGAGAAGCAACAUAAGCAUCCACAUCAUUACAAAGCGGGUGCCAUGAACGUUCUAACAAGAGUCUCUGGAUUGAUGUCGAAUGCUCCCUAUAUGCUGAAUGUAGACUGCGAUAUGUUUGUUAACAAUCCAAAAGUUGUUCUUCAUGCAAUGUGCCUGCUACUAGGUUCCAAGAGUGAAAAAGAAAGUGCAUAUAUUCAAUUCCCACAGAUGUUCUAUGAUGGAUUAAAAGAUGACCCAUAUGGCAAUCAACUUGUGGUUAUGUUUGAAUAUAUGACGCAUGGAUUGACUGCACAUCAAGGACCGCUUUACGGGGGAACCGGAUGUUUCCAUAGACGAAAAAUUAUUUAUGGCUUAUAUCCAGAUAAUGUGGAAUCAAUAAACGGAAAAUUGGUUGAGAAUUGGCUUUUAGAAUUUGGGAGUUCAAAAGAGUUGAUCAAGUCAGCAGCUCAUGCUUUAAAAGGGAAUACAGAUCCACCUAACCAUCUUUCAGACUCUAUUGAAGCAGCACACCAAGUCGCCAAUUGCAGCUACGAAUAUAAUAGUAGCUGGGGUACGGAGUUGGGCUGGAGAUAUGGAUCCGCGACAGAGGACGUUUUAACUGGGCUAACAAUACAUAAAAAAGGCUGGAAGUCCGUCUUUUGCACGCCCAACCCACCGGCCUUUUUAGGGUGUGCACCAUCGGGUGGGCCUGCUGCAAUGACCCAACAAAAGAGGUGGGUCACUGGCCUACUUGAAAUUCUAGUGAGCAAAAAUUGUCCCAUAUUUGCCGCCCUGUUUGAGAAGCUCCAAUUCAGGCAAUGCUUGGCCUAUUUGUGGCUCCUUUAUUGGGGCCUACGCUCCAUCCCUGAGCUAUGCUAUGCUGCUCUUCCAGUGUAUUGUAUCAUCACUAACUCCUCCUUCUUACCAAAGGUUGAUGAACCAGUCUUCUGGGUACUAGUUGCUCUCUUUGUCAUUUACAGCCUAUACACUUUAUCCGAAUACCUACGAACUGGCCAAUCAAUCCGAGCUUGGUGGAAUAGCCAAAGAAUGGCAAGAAUUACGACCAUUACAGCAUGGUUCUUCGGAUUACUGAGUGUUGUGUUGAAGCUCUUAGGAAUCUCAGAGACAGUUUUUGAAGUGACCAAAAAAGACCAAUCUGGUGACUCUAUGAAUGAUAAUGAUGCUGGGAGGUUCACCUUUGACGAGUCCCCAAUUUUCGUGCCAGGUACAACCAUUUUUCUACUACACCUGACUGCACUAAUUGUGAGCUUUUUGAAGCUGCAACCACUAGCUCAUGAUGGGCAUGGGUCAGGGCUAGGAGAGGUCUUGUGUAGUGUGUGGUUGUUGCUAUGCUUUUGGCCAUUUUUGAAAGGGUUGUUUGGAAAAGGAAAGCAUGGGAUCCCCAUUUCCACCAUAUGCAAGGCAGCUGCUUUGGCCUUACUUUUUCUACACUUGUGUAGAUGGACCACAAUGGGUUGAGACUUCGUUCAUGCACUUAUAAUAAUGUUUUCGAAUAUUCUUUUUAAGAUUCGAAUUGUUGCUGGAAACAUUGAUGAUCAGAUCCACUUAUGUACGUGUCAACGUGGUAUUCUAAAGGACCAAAACAAGAGACUACAUUCGACCUUACUCUACUAUACCUGUGACAUCUCACAUCGUCUAAGUUUAGAGAUCGAGAUA